CAGGAAUGUGUUAGUGCAUUGUUGUGCUCCUCUCGUGAACGCGAUCGUGGUGGAAGUCAAUUCGUCUUAGAAGUGUUUCCUCUGAUACAUUUCGUGUUUCCCGAAAUUUGAAAUAGUUUCUGCGUGUAUCUCUUGGUUUAUCAACGCUCAGAUAUCUGUUUUUUAUCGUGACAUGACUGCUAGUUCCUCUCGAACAUUCUGCUUUCCUGAGUGAUGAUAAAAGUGUCGACAAAAAUGGAUACGCAUUCGGCGAUGUUUUUUUCUGACCGGUGCGAGUUUAUUCGUUUCAAAAUGUUUUCCUAACUUUGCACGGACUUUUCCUGCCAGGAUUUCCAAUUCUGAAGUCGGAUCCCGCUCUUCGUGACACGACUCCCAAGACGCCUCCCCACACCCAGACACUGUCCUCCGAGCGCGUUUUGAAGAACUAAAUUAGUUUUUAAGCCCCCACAGACACAGUUACAUGCUUAAAUUAAGGCUCGUCUCCACACACUUCCUUAAGCAGCCUUAAAUAAGUGACUAAAAAUGUGUCGCGACCGUGAUAUGAAUCCUUAAGACAUAAGACGUGCGUGAAAUCAAAUUAUAUUUUUCUAAGCGGUCAUUUAUCCAAUUUACUCACCUAGCUAUUUAAAUCGCAGUAUUACUAGUUCUAUGGUAUAUCUUGUUAUAUUGAGUCCAGUUCGAAGUCGGUUUUUCGAUCCUCGCUAAUGUGAAUUUAUUGCCAAACGCAUCCUCGAGUGAGCUGCCGGAUACUUUUCCUGCAACAUUUGUAUUGCAAUAAUUCUGAGAUCGAUUAAUUUUUCCCGAGCGGUUGUUAUCAAGCCCAAUCACGGCCGAGAAUAGCGAGGUGUUUUAUGUUUUAAUCUCGUUGUUCUGCUUCUAAACGCUCAUUGUCCUCCGAGUAUGUUAAUUUAGUAUCAUUGAGUAAUAUUUAAUGUUCGUAACUUAAAUUGUGUUAUCUUUCCCGUUGUGGAAUUCCAUUGUGUUUCUCCGCGGGGAGACUUACGUGUUGCUGUUACUUGUUCGGUUUUCGGGCUCGACUGUUCGGCCCGUUCGGCACGUUUCUUCGUGUGCUUUUCGCCGCGAGAAUACCGGUCAUCGCGCGUGUCUCGCAAAUUUGACCAGUCCCCGGAUUUUUUUGCAAGAUUGCUCUCAUUUGCAUUGGAAUCGUCAAGCUGUGGAGCAUAGCCAAGGAUUGUUUCUGUGGUUUGGCAAGCGUCAAAUGUUGUGAAGUGAUGAGGCGCCCGACUUUCUGCAGCAACUCGGUCGGCGUUCAAGCCCCGCGCUCCCCCUCGGCAGCCUCCGAAACCCCCGCUGCCCCCGCCUCCGAACGGGAGCCCCCGCAAGAAGGAAGGAUAUCGCGAGUGCGAAAAAUGUUGGCGAAUUCGUUGCACCGGCGCUCUGGCACCGUGAAGACUUUCAAAGUACCCCUGAGAGAACUCCCUGUAACACCCGACGGGGUCCCUCUCAUCGUCGACAAACUUUGCACGUUUCUCCAGCAGUAUGGUCUUGACAUCGAGGGCCUGUUCCGAUUGUCUGGUGGAAAUCCAAAAUUGGUGGAACAGUUAAAAAUUUGGAUUGAUCGCACUGGAGAUGUGUGUUUAGAAGCUUGUGGAGACAUCACUUCUGUUGCCUGUCUUCUGAAAGUAUGGCUCCGUGAUCUUCCAGAGCCUCUUGUACCUCCAGAAACAACUGCUGAUCUAGUUCGGCAGUACUACAAAUAUCAAGAUGAUGAGGUGAAGGAAUUGAGAGAAGGUGUGCGCAAAGCAUUCUCUACGUUGCCGUGUGUGAACCAGAAAACAUUCCAAGCAAUCCUCCGACUGCUUCAUUGUUACGUCGAGAAACAGUUUAGCUGUGCAAUGAAUAAUGACGUCAUGAACCUAGCUCGCGUGUUUAGUCCUCUCUUGCUGUGUGCUGAAUUCUAUGGAAUCUCAACGCCUGAAACUGAUGCAAUCAUGGCAAAAUUAAUCGUUGACUGCAAUCAUAUUUUCAGCGAUUGCAACAGAUUUAUAAUGUGCGGGUCCACCUCUGAAAUAAAGCCCGUAUCUGUCUUGACUGAAAUCACUCGACUAACCAAUCAGCGAAAACGGAAAGAUGUGCCAUUGUGCCAAGCUGUGGAUAGGAAGUUUGUAAGAUCAAACUCAGAAGAAAGAAUGGCUGAUGGAGAAGGCAGAAGUCGUAAAAUGGAGGGAAUUCGAAGAGUCAGCAGCAGUGAAGAUUUUAGAAAUACAAUAGGCCGUUCUUAUGCCAACAUCAAAGCUUCUCAAUUGAUGGAACUCAUUGCUGAGUCAGCCCCAACUAUUGUCGAGAAAGCAAUAGCAGGGGUUCUUCAUGAGCAGAACUCAGAUGAAGGGCAUCAAAUGGAGUUAGAUCCACCCCAUUUGAAGAAAAAGGACACAGAAUCCGUCGAAAAUGUAGAGAAUAACCCGCCAGAAUGUGUCCCUGCAGCUGUUGCUGCGCCUCGCCCCAUGAUAAAUCUAGACGGCAAUGAGAAUGAACUAAGAAGAGCUUGUGAGAGGUUGGCACCAGCAAAAAGAACCCGAAGGCCGAGGAAAGUUAAAUCAAGAUUUUCAUAUGACUCUGAUGACUCCAAAUCAGUAUCAUCGGAGGAAAGCAAAUCGGUUCCGGGCAGUGAUGAGCAGCUUUGCCGGACAGCCCCUUUGUCGGAUGAUGAGUCGGCCAGUACAUCUGUCUCGCAGUCUAGUUCCUGCUCUGAGUUUCAAGUUUUGCAAUCUGAUCAAUCACCUGGCGAUGCAGUGGAACCAACUCACAAUCCAGAUGAUGGAAUGCCCUCUUUGCAACAAUGCAUCAACUUCUCCGAGCCUCUGUCAGCCACAGCAGAGUGGCACACCAGCAAUAAUAACAUUAUGGGGGGUGAAUCCAAGCUUGCAUCCCCUCGCAAUGAUUUGAUUGUGAGCAAACGCACUUUUACUCCUUCGCCUGGACAAACAAACCUUCUUACUGACCGAGAGACUCAUAUAACGCAGCUCAACAAACAAAUUCACAGCCUCAAGAAAAAAUUGCAACGUUACAAAGAGGGUUUUGAGCGGGAAUUCGGCUACCCACCUUCUGUCGCUGAUAAAAUGGCCAACCCGGAUACUAAACACAUGAUUAAUCAACUCAACAAAUUGAGAAAAGAUCUGAAAAUUUACAAAGAAGAUGGCUAUACUGGCGUUCCCACUCAAGUUGUGCAUCAGUCAAAUGGCCUCGUAUCUACUUACGCAAUAAAAGAGAAAGCAGUGAAAGAAAUGGAAAUGAAAUUAGAAGAAAAAAGGAUCGCUGCCUCUCGACCACACUGUUUGGAAGAGUUAAGUCAUGAACAAGUUUUAGAGGAAAAGACAGCUGUCCAGAAAGCCCUGCUACAUCUUGAAAACAUUUUUGGACGACCUAAUGACAAGGAAGAAAGAGAUCUGUUCAGGCCCCUCUAUGACAGAUACAGAAGCCUCAAGCGAAUGCUGAUCAAAACAGCACCAUCAAAGCUAAAAGAAAGUGUGACAGAACUUGCAACUAUUCAUGAGCAUGAAACAAUGGAGUUUGCAGGCGGAUCUGGACAAACAACAGCUUCAGCACCUGCUCAACCAGUUCCUGUAAAAUCACCUUCUAAUACAACAACAGAUUUACUCAAAGCUGAGCAGUUUCACUCUCUUUCCUUCCCUGAGUUAGUUGAACAGCAGAAAACAGUAAAGGAAGACAAGAAAAGACUGAGACGCUGUUUGAAAGAGUUUGAAGAAGAAUUCUUGGCGACCACUGGAAGGAAACUACAAAAGGAAGACAGACUGCCCAUGGAACAGAUCUAUAAUCAAUACAAAAACACGAAAGCAAAGCUGAGAUUGCUGGAUGCUCUAGUAGCGAAAGCAAGGUAGUUUACCUUGCUCAGCAAUAUUUUUUCCUCUUGACAGAUAUCAUUACUAUCCCCAAGGAUUUUACUCAACUGAAUAUUUACUUUCUAAAGGCUUUAAAUUUUUUAUAUUGGCCUGUUUCUUGAUUAUCCUAUUUUUUGUGUUUGCCAACAUGCAGCAGCCAAUAAAUUAAGUGAUUUGCUCAUUAAUUUAUAACCGGUUAAUCCAUAAUAUUGUUGAUUUAACUUAAUGUAAAAUUAAGAUUUCUCUUUUUCCAUUGUAUUCCUCUCAUGCUCGUAAAUUUUUGACUUGUAAUUUUUUAUUUCUCCGCUUCAACGUUUGAACUAUAGUUUGGUCAUUGUUGCAAAUUCAUAUCCUCUGCAAAUUUAGUUCUUAAUAGAAUCUACUUUGUUUGGCUCAAGUCAAGUGAUUCUUUACUCUUGCUUAAUUUCAGAAAUUGAAACAUUGCGCUCAAACCCUCAAAAUUUGUUGUUUUAUUUUCGCUAUUAAUUGAGACCAAUUUAUUGUCUUGAGUUGCAAAUAAUUUAUUGAUCAGCCGAGGAUUUUAAAUUAUCUUGAAAAAUGUUGCGAUUGACAAGCAAGGUCAGCUCUUUGAUGUGUUAGAAUCAAUCCCAAUUGUUCAUUGAAGUCCACAAAAGUUGCAACAGUGUUUCCUUAUUUUUGCCUGAAGUUGCCUAGUCUACAUUGUUUCUUUUGGAAAGAAUUGGACAAUUGUGUGUCUGGCACGAACAUAGAUUUCAACAUUGUCAUUGCAUCCUAUUGAGUUAGACCUACAGUACAGUACAUUUUGAAGGUUUCUAAAAUGCCCCCUUUUCAUACGGAUUGUUGAUGAUUAAGGAUUCCAAUGAUAAAACUUACAUUGAAAUUAAGUUUUGCUCCGUAUUCGUAUGGAAAAUUUGAUGUGUUCAUUUUUUGUAUUUAUUUUUUUCUAUCCUCCAUCGAUAUAGUCACUGAAAAUGCAAAUUUUUUGAACAAUAGGCAAGCAAUUAUUUCAUUCAUAAGAGUUAGUAUCACUUUUCUUCAGAAUAUUUAUUUAUAUAGGUAUUUUUCAACAUCUUUGACAACUUCCUCCCAUUAAAAAUGCAACUGAUUACCUGUUCUGAUUACUGCCUUUUGAAUAAUUUUCUAAGUAAAGUACUAAACAUAUUCACUGUCUUUGUUAUGGUUCAAUUUUCAUGACCGCAUUUAAAACUGCUAAAAUUUUGAAAAAACCUCCAAUACCUCCAAAAGUACAUUUUGACAGUUUCACCAAUGAGUACAGCUUUUGCUCAACUUACAAUUUGUUUGUGAAUUGGAGUAUUUUCUCAACAUUUUCUUUUUUAGUCACUCACAUGAGUCCCCAAAUUUGAGCCAAGGAUUUUAGUAAUUCUAUCUUUUUCUGUUGUCACAUUCCCAAUUCUUUUCUUUUAUUAAUCACAUUUUCAAGAUGGCAGAACAAUAUGAGUAACAGGGUCCAAAUGGAUACUGUUCCAAUACAUACUAGUUUAUGGUAUUAUAAAGGAAUUCAAUUCUGAAAGCAAAAGAGAUAACUAUGUAAAAAUGGUGCUGUUAUUUUGUAGUAUUUAUGAUAUUGAUUAGCAAUGUUGUUUUCACUUUCCUCCCUUAUAGUCGCAGGAGUGGACAAUAGUCUGAAUUAGCAAAACAGAAUAAGUUAAACCAUGUGCUAAUGUUAAUAAACUUGAAGGAGAAUAUUUUAAUCGUACCAUCAAAAGCAUAAUUUGUGCAUCUUCCAUUGAGUAUCGAAACAAUUUUCUUAUGACUGAGGCUUGCAAUAAUUCAAUUUGCUGAAUUCGGAAAACUUACUUUGAACUGUUUAAUAAGGCUCAAAUUCUCGGGGUCUUUCAUUAUUUUUCAGAUUGCAUGAUAUGAAGUAUGGAUGGAGUGGAUCGGUGAAAUUAGUAUCAGUGUAUCUCUAUUAAUUGUUUAGAAAUAGUAAUUUAUUGGUUGUUAUUAUUUUUAUUGUUACUAUUAUUGCUAACUCAUUAUUGCUAUUAUUACUCUUGUUAUUUACUUGUAAUCUCCAUUACACAAUGAAUAGCUCUGCAUUAAUUUUUCUACAAUUGAUGCAAGAUAUUUGGACAAAAUGCUACUCCUUUGAAGUUAAACUCAAUCAAGCAAGUUCAUUUUUGGUUGCCAUCGCUACAACUGGAUGGUGAAAUUACAGAAGUGCAUUUCUGGGUUCGCAGCAUUGCAGACUCUCUGCAAUACUUUAUUUUAUGUAUGAAAAACUACCACAUGUAAUGUCUCGAAAACCUCAUCAAUGGUUCUUCUCUAUGUGAAGAAUAUUUUGUGAAAAUUUCAAGCUUUGUUGUUGGUACAGUCUCCUCAUGAAAAAUAAAAUAAGAGUGGAUAUUUUGAAACACCGUAACCAAGAUUUGCAUUUUUGCAGUAUCACUCUCGAAAUGCUUCAUUAGCAACUCGCAACAAAAUUUUAUCAUGAAGUGGUUCCAUUGUGGAACCAUUAAGAAAAAUACCCACUAAAGACGCAAUAUUCCCCAAUGCAAAUAAUGCACUCCAUGGGAUGUUUAUAUAAUUACAUUGCAUGUUCUGAGAGCAUUUCUUCAUGGUAUCUUGUGUCAGUUUUAUCAAGUAUGAAGUUGAUAAAUAGUCAUUAAUUGGAAAUAUUCUGCAUGUAAAGUUAGUUUUCGUGAAGUGAAGAAAGUGCCAUCAGUCUCUUUGCUCCAUAGAAACGUAGACUUUUGUAGUGUAAUUUUUUGAUGAGUUGUUUCAAAUGAGCCUCAAUUGUCUGUGUGCCAGGACAAGUUGUAAUAUUUUGCCUAAUUAUGUAGUAUGAUGCAUAUUUCUUUAAUUCAUGAAAUCUCUUUUGGUAUGUGAAAAGAUCUGAUAAUUUCUAUGUGUAUUUUAAUAUGACUUAAUAUCUUUUUAUUUUCAUCUUUUUCCACUAGUAUUUAUAUCAACAUUGAACUCAUGAAUCAUUAUUUUUAAAUUGUUGUACUGAAUAAAAUGUCCUGUUCUUAUUUGCUGCAAA